AUGUGUGCUCUUAAUAUACACACACUCCACGACGACAUACUCUACGAACUGCUAAUCACGUGCCGAGAUCUGAUAUCCCUAAAACGCUUGAUCCUCACCCACUCCGCAAUCUACCACGCAUUCAACAACCGCCGACGCCUGGUUCUCAGAGCGGUUUUCAAGACACAAAGCAUUGUCCGUCUCAGGUACUGUACCAACAAUGAACACUACCUGAAGGAAGCGCAUAGAUACAUUGUCUACAUGCCACCUUGCAAUGUAAUUGACCGCGUCGCCCUACGCGAGGCCCUCUGGCCUAUCGUCAGGCAGUCAAUGCCAUCCAUGAUCUCCUGCGAGUGGGCUUUAGCCCUUCACACUCGCUAUAGUCAAGCAGGGCUCAAGCACAACGAACUCGUGUUUGCCAAAGAAGCCGCACUCACCAUGUUAUCCACAUCGCUGCCCCUGCACUUUGAACAGCGUACACUCUUCAGAGCCAUCACCCAGACAUACGCGGCUUCAGACACACCAGAAGAAGCAAUAGAACUAGAUGAAGCCAUUAUACAACGCCUCGAUCCACGGUUGGAUGCUCAUAAAAUCUGGGUGGAAGACUUCAUGCACACGUAUCAAACCAACAGAAACGGUCAAAAAGGUUUGGACCUCCAGCUGAGGUGCUGGCAGCUCUGCCGAGACACUCGGACCAGAAAGCAAAGUUACUCUAAACUGCGCAAAAAGCCUUAUCUGUAG